GGAAAAGAUAUGUAAAAUGCAGGGAGGAGCCCUUUGAAAGAUUGUAGAGAGGACCAACCCAAACCCUAGAUUACCUUCCUUCCUUGCCAAAUUAAAACAACAAAAUUCCUUCCCCAAAACCCCUCACACAGUGCUUCCUUCUCCUUCCCAAUUUCUUUGAUUCUUCGAAUCCCAUUACAAACAUUCACAAUCUCGAACGAACCCGAGGUUAGUUGUUUUUAGUGUGUAUGAUGGUUCUUCCCAUCUCCAAUUUGUUUGCUCUUCCGUCGAUUUUAUCUCUUGUUUUCUCUCCCGAUUACUACUAUCCGUCUCUACCUACUUAAACCUUUGGAUUCGUCACUUCCGAAGUUCCCAAUCUGGUUGUCUUCUCCUGGAUUGAUCCUUAUCUCCUUUCAGGGGUGCCCAUUGCGCAGAUCCUGCUAAGUUUCCGCUGAUAUCAAUCGUGGGCUGGGUUGGGGUUUUGUUGAGAUCUUGGGGUUGCAAUCUCUGUUCCCUGGUAGCUGAGGGCUUGUAAGUAGUUGAAAAAGGGUGUCAAGAUGAUGUCCAAAUCGUAUACCAAUCUCUUGGAUCUAGCUUCCGGCAACUUCCCCAUAAUGAGUCAACCACGGGAGAAGAAGAGGCUGCCUCGGGUUAUGACUGUUCCCGGGGUCAUCUCCGAGCUUGAUGAUGAUCAGGCUAACAGCGUCGCAUCGGACGUGCAGUCUUCGUUAAUCCAGGACCGGAUAAUAAUCGUGGCCAAUCAGCUGCCGGUGAAGGCCAAGCGGAGGCCCGAUAAUAAAGGUUGGAGUUUUAGCUGGGAUGAUGAUUCUUUAUUGUUACAGUGUAAAGAUGGUUUCCAUGAAGAUAUGGAAGUUAUAUAUGUUGGUUCUUUAAGGGUUGAAGUUGAUCCCAACGAGCAAGACGACGUGUCCCAGCUUUUAUUGGACAAGUUUAAUUGUGUUCCUGCGUUUCUGCCUCCUGAUAUCUUGACCAAGUUCUAUCAUGGGUUCUGUAAGCAGCAUUUGUGGCCUCUUUUCCAUUACAUGCUUCCCUUCUCUGCCAGUCAUGGCGGGCGAUUCGAUAGAUCCUUGUGGGAGGCGUACGUUGCGGCGAAUAAAAUAUUUUCCCAGAGGGUAAUUGAGGUUAUAAAUCCGGAGGAUGAUUAUGUCUGGAUUCAUGACUACCAUUUGAUGGUGCUACCAACCUUCUUGAGGAGAAGGUUCAACAGAUUGAGAAUGGGUUUCUUUCUUCAUAGUCCAUUCCCAUCGUCGGAGAUAUACAGAACGUUGCCUGUGAGGGAAGAGAUUCUCAAGGCACUUCUGAAUUCUGACCUCAUUGGAUUUCAUACAUUUGAUUAUGCUCGUCAUUUUCUGUCUUGCUGUAGUCGCAUGUUGGGCUUGGAGUAUCAGUCCAAACGAGGUUAUAUCGGAUUGGAAUACUAUGGUAGGACAAUUGGAAUCAAGAUCAUGCCAGUUGGCAUCCACAUGGGACAGAUUGAGACAGUAUUGAUGCAUGCUGAUAAUGAGUGGAGAGUCAAAGAGCUGAAACAACAGUUUGAAGGAAAGACUGUUUUACUCGGUGUUGAUGAUAUGGACAUCUUCAAAGGUCUCAACUUGAAGCUUCUGGCAAUGGAGGCGAUGCUGAAACAGCACCCGAAGUGGCAAGGAAGGGCAGUUCUGGUCCAGAUUGCUAAUCCUGCCAGGGGAAGAGGGAAAGACCUCGAAGAAGUGCAGGCGGAGAUUGAAGAAAGCUGCAAGAGGAUUAACGAGACUUUCGGCAGACCAGGCUAUGAACCGGUUGUGUUCAUCGAUAGACCGGUAUCCCUUAGUGAAAGGACAGCAUACUACAAUGUUGCUGAGUGUGUGGUGGUGGCAGCUGUCAGAGAUGGGAUGAAUCUUACUCCUUAUGAGUAUAUUGUGUGUAGGCAGGGCGUCUCUGAUUCAAGUUCUAGUUCAGACUCCAGUGUCCCCAAGAAGAGCAUGCUAGUUGUUUCGGAGUUCAUUGGGUGUUCCCCUUCACUUAGUGGUGCUAUUCGGGUCAAUCCAUGGAACAUUGAAUCGACAGCCGAGGCUAUGAAUGAGGCUAUUUCUAUGUCUGACAAUGAAAAGCAGUUGCGGCAUGAGAAGCACUAUAGAUAUGUCAGUUCGCAUGAUGUGGCAUACUGGUCGAGAAGCUUUUUCCAAGAUCUGGAGAGGGCAUGCAAAGACCACUUCAGAAGGCGUUGUUGGGGCAUUGGGUUGAGCUUUGGCUUCAGAGUUGUCGCGCUGGAUCCUAAUUUCCGAAAGCUGUCAAUUGAUGCAAUUGUAAGUGCAUAUUUGAGGUCCAAAAAGAGGGCCAUCUUGCUUGAUUAUGAUGGAACAGUAAUGCCUCAAACAUCUAUCAAUAAGUCGCCCAGUCAAGAAGUUCUUUCAAUUAUCAAUACCCUCAGCAGUGAUGCAAAGAACACAGUUUUUCUUGUUAGUGGAAGAGGGAGGGAUAGUUUAGGCCAGUGGUUCUCUCCUUGCAAGAAACUUGGAAUUGCUGCCGAACAUGGGUACUACUUGAGGUGGUCUGCUGAUAAGGACUGGGAAAUCUGUGGGCAAAACUGUGAUUUUGGAUGGUUUCAGAUAGCUGAGCCCGUAAUGAAGUUGUAUACAGAAUCAACAGAUGGUUCUUACAUUGAGACUAAGGAGAGUGCCUUGGUCUGGCACCAUAGAGAUGCCGAUCCAGGUUUUGGUGCAAGCCAGGCUAAGGAGAUGUUGGACCAUCUUGAAAGUGUGCUUGCAAAUGAACCCGUAACUGUUAAAAGUGGUCAAUAUAUUGUGGAAGUAAAGCCGCAGGGGGUUAGCAAAGGUGUAGUAGCAGAGAAGAUAUUUACAUCAAUGGCCGAGAAGGGAAGACUGGCCGAUUUUGUGUUGUGCAUUGGUGAUGACAGGUCUGAUGAAGACAUGUUUGAGAGGAUCGAUAAUGCCUCGACAAGCGGAGUACUCUCAUCGAGCACUUAUGUAUUUGCAUGCACCGUGGGCCAGAAACCAAGCAAAGCCAAGUAUUAUUUGGAUGACACAAGUGAUGUUUUGCACAUGCUCAGAGCUCUUGCUGAAGAUUCAGACCCUUUAUCUGAUGAAGAAGAAGAUGAAGAUAGCAGCAGAUCACCCUAA